AUGUUUCACGAAAAGCCGGAUAAAUUGCUUUUAUCAUCGAUAGAAAGCUUUGAAAUAGAGCCUGACUUAUUGACUUUAAGAAGAAUAGAAGAGGUUAUAAACAAAACUAAUCAAUACAGAUCAAAUAUUAUUGAAAAUUAUGAAACCAAACUAAAUGCCAUGAAAAGUGAAUUCCAGAGUUUAAUGUCAGAGAUAAACUUGCUAACUAAAGUCAGUGGAAUUAAUUACGAAAAUUUAAAAGUCUUGGGUAAUGGAAACGAAGAAUCUAUGGGUGACUUAAACAACAAAAAUAUAUUUAAUGUAAUGAAUGAGAAGUCUAUAGAAUUGGAUAAUCUUAAGUUAUCACUUGCCAAAAACUUGAAUGACUUAGAAAGUCAAAUAAAUUCUAUUAAUAUAACAAAGAAAGAUUUGAUGGAAAAGUAUGAGUUAGUGAAAAUGAAGAAUGAUAAUUUGAUCAAUGAUAAUAUAUUGAAGAACCCCGAUUCAAAAGCAAUCAAGAUCAACAUUUAUAAAAACCUUGGAAUUGAAAUCGAGAGUGGUGAUGAGGGUAAACCCGAGAACAAGCAAGACAAAGUGAUUAUUUAUAACAAGGAAACCAACUUAUCCAGCAUCCUUAACAUUGAUGACAAGUACAGCGAGUAUUUCAUUACUAACUACAUAUGGGAUAGGCUCCAAGGUUACUAA